UUUUCUACCUGAAUAAAAAAGUAGUUUAUGAGCUGACCUGGCUCAAUACAUAACUCGGGAACCGCUAUAUAUUAUAGGUACACAGCUGUCGGACUAUCCCCUAUUUAAAGGCGGCAGGUAAAUAAUAUUUUACACAUGAAAGAUAUAUAAAAUGCCGAUAUCGUGGCAAUUAAAUUCAGAACGAAACUAACUCCCGACUAUGUAACUUCUUUGCACGUUUAUUUGCACAUAUCCUAUACCUACAGAACAAAAAUAACAGUAGUUUUCAAAAUUUGGAACAUUUAAAUUGGUAAGUUUUUUAAAUAAUAUUUUAAAAGCAAAUUAACACUUCUAAACCAUGAUUUCAAAAUUUCAGAUCCAUGGCGUCGUCAAUAUGUCGAGUGUGCCUAGUGAACUUCGAAGAUAUGGUAAACAUAUUCGAUGCGACACAUGAAUCGGGCAUUUCCAUUGCACUCAUGAUUUCUCGGUGCACCAAUUAUAAAAUCAAGAAAGAGGAUCAAUUACCCAAAACCAUUUGCAAGUCCUGUUUGCAGGAUGCGCACAACGCCUUCGAGAUUAUAGAAACGUACGAGAGGAGCCACCAGUUUUUCAGUUUCUUCAAGGAUGUACGGGAGGAGGAAUGCGAGGAUGCAGGACCCAAUUGCUCCGAGGAAGGUACAAACGUAGAAGAGAGUUCAAAUGGAGACAAUGGAACACAGCACUCAUCAAGUGGAGACAAGGGAAGAAGAACAAAUCGAUCAAAUUCGCAAUCUAUUACUGAGGGGACUGAAGAUGAACUAGAAAAGACGAAUGAUGAUUUUGAUGAUGAUGAUUCUAACCAUGAUAAAGACUAUGAGCCUGGCUUGGAUGAGUCUAAUAUCAAAUCCAAUGAUAAAUGCCCGCAUAAGUGUGCCAAUUGCCCGAAGGCUUUUCCAACGAAAGCAGGACUACAAAGACACCUUCUAACCCACAAAGGAGAACGGCCCUUCAAGUGUUCCCAAUGCCCUAAGGCUUUUAUUUAUUCUUCAGGACUUGAGCGUCAUCUGCUGGCACACACAGGAGAAAAAUCGUUCGCGUGUUCAAAAUGCUCGAAGAGAUUUAAAACUAGUCAAAAUCUUACGGUACACAUGCGAACUCACACAGGAGAACGACCGUUCAAGUGUUCUCAGUGCUCAAAUUCGUAUUUCCAUAGGUCAAGUCUUCAGAUACACUUGCGAGCCCAUACAGGAGAACGACCAUUUAAGUGUCCCCAUUGCCCAGGGUCUUUUGCUCGGGAUUCGUAUCUUCGAGUGCACUUGCGAAUUCACACAGGAGAACGACCUUACAAGUGUGCCCAUUGCCCAAAGACUUUCAUUCAGUAUACAGGUCUGCAAGGACACUUGAGCGCCCACACGGAGGAAAGACCCUUUAAGUGUUCCCAAUGCUCAAAGGCUUUUCCAAUUCUUCCAAAUCUAAAGCGACACAUGCUAACGCACACAGGAAAAAAACCAUUUAAGUGUUCCCAUUGCUCAAAGGCUUUCGGCCAGAAGUCCACACUUAAGAUACACUUGCAAUGCCACUCAGAAGAAAAACUAUUCAAUGCAUUCAUCCAGAUGCGAAGCUUCGACGACGAGGCCACGGCGCGACGCAUUGGCUGGCAAAUGCUCUUGAGAGCCUGCGAAGGCAUCAUCGAUGAAAUAGAAAACAUUUCUAAUGGCCUAUAA